CAGGUCGAACUGGAGCCGACCAGAGGUGGUGGAAACAGCAAACAGAAGAAACUCUUUCCUUUCGGGCUGUUGCCACCCUGUUGCAAUACACAAACAGGUACCAAAUCAUCAAGGCCAGUCACCACAGGAACAACGGACGAUUCAACCAGGGGCGAUCCCAAGCCUGUGUAUCCAUCUUUGAUUUCCCACUGCGACAGCUCAGCUAAUGCGUUCGGACCCAAGCGGUCCAAAUGCCAGAGGUGACAAGGGCGAUCCUGAUGAGCUGAACGAAACCACAUACCUAGCAACACACUUCUCUGAGCAAUACAUUCCACCCAGGCAGGAGGCACGGCUUCAAUUAUGCAAUGAAAGGGCAACCCACAUAUGCCUGGAUUGUGGAUACAUCUACACUGUAACGAAGCCUUUUGAGGAGCAGCCUGACUCGUACAAGUGCCCCCAAUGCUCCGCCCCUAAAAAGCGCUUUGCCAAGUAUGACGCGCAGACUGGGAGAAUAGAAGGAGGCAGCACUCCGGUUUUGACGUUAUUUGCGCUAGCCGUCGGAGUCGCGGCAGUGGGAGCACUCCUCUACCAAGGGAUUCAAUAGACAACCAUCACCCCAAUCAAUAGGCGAAAAGCCUUCCAGCAGCCAAUAGCCAGGCAGCGCAGAGCCAGGCAGCCUGCCAGUCCAUGUUACCGACAGCUCAAUAUUCAGAUAGUCGCAUAGCCGAAUAGCCAAAUAACCACACAGCCAAGUAGGCAAACAGCCAAAUAGCCAAAUAGCCAAAUAGCCAGUCAACCAGUCAAUAGACAACCCAGCAGCAAAUAGACAGACAGGCAGUCUGCCUGUCAAUGGUACGAAUAGCCAAAUAGCCAAAUAGCCAACAAGGCAAUACUGACAACCAGCUGGAGAACCCCAUGAUGUAUUUGUUUGGUUAACCACCAGGAGGGGAGGAGGAGGAGGAGGAGGAGGAAGGGUUCUGACUGGAAAUGGAAAGUGUGGGAAAAUCCAGGGAGGCCAGGCCAAGGGGAAAAACUUCCGAUAAAGGUGAUGAAAUCGCGACUUGCCUGCAAGUUUGACUGUGGUUGAUUUGCCAGCAGCCAAAAAAAAAAAAAAAAAAAAAAAAAAAAAAAGAUUUGCCAGCGGCAUGGAGACAAGGGAAAAGAAAAUGGCGACUUGUCCGCAAGUUUGACCGUCGGUCACAGAGAUGGGGUUUGAUUUACCAGCACCAGAGAUGAUGGCGGAUGUUGCGCACCAGAUACCACGGUUGACUUUUUUUACUUUUUUUUUUAAGUCCAGGGUGUUGUAGAGGUCGGUUUCUGAACCCACGACAGGUACCUUCCUACAUCUAUCUUGGGGAGUAGAGGACGUGCUCCCAGACCAUCCUAUCUUGGAGGAUCCCCUCAGACAGCCCCCCUUUACUGCAGGUUCCCCAACGAUUUCCUCCACCAGAGUCUGUCUACUAACACCCCUCCUACCGGGAUCCCUUAAGACAAUCCCCGACUGUAGGUUCCCCACCGAUAUCCUCCAGCAGAGCUUGUCCCAAGCCAACCCUCCCCCCAAACGGGACCCCAUCCCACCUCAGGUCCUUGCCCCCCCCAAAGCAGAGCCUAGGUACCUGUCAAACAGAUAUGGUCGUCAAAUGGUCAGGUCAGGUGCUGGCAGACCUGUCAUAUGCCUACUAGUAGUAGCCAGCCUCUACAACAAUUUGGACUUAAACCCCACCAGUACUCUUCCUAAAGUUGUGCUUGUUAACAAGCCACAAUUUUAGGAGACGUACGGGCCACUACAGGAGUGCCCAAAUUCAUCCGACGGGAAACAUUUCUACUCUAUUUUUUCUGUGGCCAAUAGCUGGGCCAAGUACUGGUGGUUGGAAAAAAUAAAAAUAAAAAAAAUCCCAGAUAUGGUGACUAACUUGCCUGCAAGGUGGCAGCCAACGGCAGAGAUUGCAUUGACUUUCGAGAUUUCGUCGACUUGCUAGCAGCAUCGGUGGAGGUAGACAGCUCCUCUCUUGCAUCAGAGAUGAUGGCUUUCCAGCAGCAGCAAUUAUGAUUGUUCACUUGCAAAUAAUCUCUGAGGUGAACACCUGUCGCCGAGCACAAGGAGGCUGUGAUAUUUGUGACAUGUGUGACAUGUGUGACAUGUGUUGCAUCUGCAGCAUCUGUGGCAUGUCUUACAUGUGUCGCAUCUCUGACAUCUCUGGCAUAUAUGACCUGUCGUGUCUCACACGUGUGCCAUGUAUGAUGUGUGUCAUGCCUGACAUGCGUGACAUGUGUGACAUGUGUGACAUGUGUGACAUGUGUGACAUGUGUGACAUGUGUGACGUGUGACACGUCUGAUGUGUGACAUGUGUGACAUGUGUGACAUGUGAUGUGUGACAUGUGUGUGACAUGUGUGACAUGUGUGACAUGUGUGGCAUUUGUGACGUGUGAUUUUGGAGAAGAAAAAGUAUGUGAAUGCGAAGGGCAAUAUGAAACAAAUGGAAGGAGAACCUGCCUGGCGGUAGUGCAAUGAUUCAUGACUUCAUAUCUAAGGUCGGUAGUAAAUCAGUAUGACGAUU